AUGCGGUCCCUGUUGUGCGGACACAGUUUUUGUGCAACAUGUUUGCAUGAAUACGUGGCAGCAACUUCACGACCAACCUGCCCUGAAUGUCGCGAGAAGAUCAAACGCGGCGACGAGAGACGGAUCUAUCUCAACAUAUCAUAUGUUCCACGAGCGGCCACCGUCAUCUCAGGACUUGCAGAGAUGGAUGCCAAUGCGAAACUUGUCAGUGUAGCCAAGGCGGGAAAGAAAAUUGAGCAGGCUACUAAGGAUUUGCGGUGUGAUCAGGAUCUUGCGGAAGCACUCUUACGAGCAGUUGAAGACUUCAAGGAUCGUAUCGCGCCUGCUUUCGCAGAACUGGAUGCGAAACGCCGAGAGAUUCAGAAGAUGACUAAAGACCAUGCGUUGGCCCAACAAGUAGCAGCAACUCGCCACCGAGAGAAGACAACGGAGUACGAGGAAAGCAUGUCGAGUCUCAGAUCUGAUAAUGCCGUAUUGGAGGAGAGAAACAGUUCGCUGGAAGCAAAUGAUGCCAGACAAAAAAGGACUAUCGAAGCCUUGGGGACGAGCAUGAAGGCAAAGGAUACCCAAAUCGUGCAAUACAGGCAAACGAUCACUGAACAGAAGAACCGAAUCCAUCGAUACAAAGCACGAAUUGAGGAGCUCAAGACCCAAAAAACUGCCGAGCAGCCUGUCGUCCUUUCAAAUGAGAUUGACCUUGACGAUGCCAUUGGCCCUCAUUCCCCUCAUCGAUCCCUGACAUCCGACUGCGUUCAACAAGAUAGUGAUACCGGAGACUUUGAGGGCAUGCCAGGACCGUUGUUCAGCUCCGAGCAAGUACCCCAGGGACUGAAGCGGAAACGAGCCGAGGAACGCUCUUCCAAGCCUCUGCGCGCAGUGAACGGUAACUUUGGGAAACUGUUCGCAACGGGACCUAAGCGGGGAGGCGAACCUAGUCGUUUUGAAACUCCUGCUGUGUUAACUGCCGUUGGGAUGUGUUGUCCGUCGGUAUCAAGAGUCAAUGACGAUCCGUCGGUACAUGAUGUUUAA